CAUUCGUUCUUCUUCUUGUUGUUGGAGUUGUGGUUGGAGUUGUGCUUUCUUCUUCUCUUCUGCUCUCUAUCUCUCUCUCUCUUCGCACGAGUUCCUCUCCUCGUGCGUUCAACGGAGGUCGGGUCGGGUCGCGACGGUGCGUUCGAUUCAGUUCGGGGACCGAUCGCGCUGCAGGCGUUGCUCAAUCGUGGCUGAGGAGUCGGCAAUCGGAAUCGCACAGUCAAGCCCUCUCGAUCGAGGGUUUUGUUGAGUUGAUUUGAGUUUGGAUGUGCUGAUGCUGAAGAAAUAGGGAAAGUGCAAACCCUUUGCUGCUCUUUUGGGGAAAAUGUUGGAGGCACAAAAAUUUACUGGAAUGAUGGGCCUACAUAACAACCAUGAUAAUUUGGAUCUGUCUCAAGCUUUCUACCACAAGCUUGGGGAGGGAUCCACCAUGUCAAUUGACAGUUUUGGUAGCUUGCAGAUGAGCAAUGGUGGAGGUUCUGUUGCAAUGUCAGUUGAUAACAGUAGUGUUGGAUCGAACGAUUCCCAUACUCGCAUCUUGAAUCACCAAGGAUUGAAGCGUGUGAACAACAACUUUGCCCACAGUGUUAACCGAGGGAAAGUCUCACAUGGUCUGAGUGAUGAUGCACUUGCUCAAGCUCUAAUGGAUCUUCGUGUUCCCACAGGUGGGCUGGAGAAUUUUGAUGAGUGGACAAUUGAUUUGCGGAAGCUUAGUAUGGGGCCAGCUUUUGCACAGGGGGCUUUUGGAAAGCUUUAUAAAGGUACUUACAAUGGUGAGGAUGUAGCCAUCAAGCUUCUGGAGAGGCCAGAGAAUGACCUUGAGAGGGCACAGUUGAUGGAACAACAGUUUCAGCAGGAAGUCAUGAUGCUGGCUACACUAAAGCAUCCAAACAUAGUUCGGUUUAUUGGCGGAUGUCGUAAACCCAUGGUGUGGUGUAUUGUGACAGAAUAUGCCAAGGGGGGUUCAGUUAGGCAGUUUUUGGCAAAGCGGCAGAAUCGAUCUGUGCCACUGAAAUUGGCAGUCAAGCAGGCUUUGGAUGUUGCUAGGGGCAUGGAGUAUGUGCAUGGGCUUGGUCUAAUCCACCGCGAUCUGAAGUCUGAUAAUCUUCUGAUUUCUGCUGACAAAUCUAUAAAGAUUGCUGAUUUUGGAGUGGCUCGUAUUGAGGUGCAGACUGAAGGGAUGACACCAGAGACUGGAACAUACCGCUGGAUGGCUCCGGAGAUGAUUCAGCACAGGCCCUACACACAGAAAGUAGAUGUUUAUAGCUUUGGCAUUGUUCUGUGGGAACUAAUCACUGGAAUGCUUCCCUUCCAGAACAUGACUGCUGUGCAGGCUGCAUUUGCAGUUGUUAACAAGGGCGUUCGACCUAACAUCCCCAAUGAUUGUCUCCCUGUCCUCAGUGAGAUCAUGUCCCGAUGCUGGGAUCCUAAUCCUGAUGUGAGGCCACCCUUUACUGAGGUUGUCAGGAUGCUUGAGCAUGCAGAGACAGAAAUAAUGACCACUGUUAGGAAGGCCCGUUUCAGGUGCUGCAUAAGCCAACCGAUGACUACAGAUUGAUGCAGAGAAAGGCGAAAAAGUGGCGACAACAGGAAACAAGUGGAAAAGGAGAAAAAGGAAAGUAUAAAAAAGAGAAAGCUCAUUGUAUGUUAGCCUUGUAUCUAUCAGGGUUAAUUUCUUUCUUCAGAUAGAAAAAAAAAAAAAAAAGGGAAAGCUAUGAUAAGGAAGGACUGCUUGUUUUGGUUCUUUUUUUUUUUUUUUUUUUCCGCUUUUCUUUUCUUAAAUUUUAUGGAUUAAUGGUGCUGAGCUAGUAGUGAUAGAGGGGAUUUGAUGUGUAUUUAUACAUGCCGUUUCAUGCUGUGUUAAACAAAGCCCUGUUUAGUUGCUUUUCUUGUGUUUAAAAGAAUUGCAGGUUCUCAGCA